AUGAGCAUUUACACAAACCCCCCGAGGAGCGCAUAUGUCACGAGUUUCACAAAACGUUUCACGAUGCCGACAGACUCAGGAGGAAUCCCUGCUGUCGCUGUUAGCACGAGAAGUGCCAGUCUUAUCGUCUCCGCAUAUACCAUCUUGAUCCUUCUCAUUUUCAUGGUGGGGUGGAAACUGAUCCUAGCGGUUAUCAUGGCCUACUGGCCGACACUCCGCGACAAAAACAGGCACAUCGCUUUAGUUGAGCUUUGGAAUUCCGGCGAAUCGAUGAAUGCGGCAGUGCUGAUGUUCGAAUUCUGCAAGAGAAUGAUCCUCCUUCGUCCGGCGCAGGAUGCGGAGGACAACGCCGAGAAGGGUGUUCAGAAUACUUCACCCGGUAAUUCACCACGGCCGAAUGGAGAUACCCUAGACCCGGAUAAUCCCCCUAAGCCUGACAAUCAGGAUACUAUCAGCUCGAGCGAGGGGCAACUCGGUGAAGGGGGACAGAUUACCAGAGGCCGAACAGAGCCCGCCCCUAACAUCAGGAGGAGCAAUUUGUGGUGGGGGAUCCUCUUUUUCUUUAUUGCCGCCUCCAUGUCACUCGGAAAUAUCGCUGCCGGUAUCUUGAUAGCUGGGGAACUCCUUAUGGGAAGCGUUGCUCCCCCUGCGAAGGACAGCAUCUUCUACCCAGAUUUUAAACAAUACUCUGUUAAGGAUGAUAACGGCGCUGGCCCUGCAAAGUUGAUUUCACUGAGGGCUCCUGCAGCAUUUCGUGCAAUCGGGGCUAUCGAAUCCUCGGAGGUUACAGUGCGACGCAAAGUUACACUGGAACCGAUGCAGGUACCGGAGGGGCAAAAGGAGCAGUGGAAGGGCCGAAACUAUUCUUAUAACGUUACCGGUGUUGAUAUGGGGUUGCAGAGUGAUCCCAAGUUGGUUCUCCGGGUCCAAGGUUCAUGUCACACAGAAUAUUCAUGGCUAGUGAAUACUACCGGAGAGGGAGAUACGUAUAGGCUCUGGGAUAGAACCGAGACCAUUUUCGUCAAACGCCAACCGGUGCAGGAUGGGCCUCCGACGGCAGAUUUCGUGCUGGGGGACAUACCCGAUAAUUCCUCGAACAUCUCGUACGCCAUGAUUAUCAAAACUGCGGGCCGUUAUAGCUUCACCUCCGGGCAAGACCCGUGGUAUGCUACCGAGAAGAAUCAGGUCAACGUAUCUAUUGGAUAUCAAAUCCGCUCAGGGCGACCGGCACUUAGUUGCUGGGAAUCAAAAAAGUGGCAUCUCGGAUCCCAUGAAGCAGAAGCCGAUCAGUUAGGUUCCUUGCCCGGGCUGAAACUCUACAAGCUCUGGGCCGACGAUGUCUUUGUGUACGAGUUUCUGAUGCCGCGUGUGGUCACACUGGGUAGUGCCGCAGGGUUCUCUGCACUCAAAUCAGCCGCGCUCACUUCAGCUCCUAGUUACAUCCUUGAUGCGAAUGGGUCAGGUAUGGAGGGCGACCUCGAGCGUUUAGUGCUUGCUAGUUGGGUUAGCUCUAGCAAUGUGCUACGCGAAACAACCGCCUACAAAGGUGACGGCCUGGUAAACCUCUUAAGAAGAGGGAAGGGUGUGGUGGAAGACCAAGCUGCGGAAUUUGUCCUUCAGAGUGGAGAUGUUGGCACCUUGUCCGUCCGGAUCCUUAUUUCUGUCCCGCUAAUCCUUGUGAUCCUUUUCCUCAUCGAGCUGUGCUUCAGUUGGGUGCUCACACAGAAGCCCCCACCGCAGGAUGAUAACAUAUUGGAAUCUGAUACCCCACAUGCAGUUUCUUUGCUGGCCCCCCACCUGUAUCACGUUCUGGACAAGAAACGUGAGUCUCCAGCUAGCCGGAGCCACACAGCGGCAACUAUUCCGGCCACCUACAGCCAACCUACCGGCGGGCUAUCUAGAAGAACCUCCCGAAUUAAUCCUGAUCAGAAACCCGGUGAGCAAGUGGACACUAAGGUCACUGCCGGUUGA